AUGGCGAAUAUCAAAAAGGUCGCGAUUCUAGGUGCCACGGGCUCCCUCGGAGAGGUACUGGUUCCCUCACUUGUUGCCGCAGAUUUCGACGUCACUUGCGUUCUACGCAAAGAUAGCAAGUCGCAGCCGCCUGACGGAGUGCGAGUUGUGAAAGCAGACUACACUGACACUGCAUUGCUCACUGAGGCUUUGCAAGGGCAAGACGCAGUUGUAGAAGCGUUCAACCCUGCAGCAUCCAGCCAUCAAAUAGCCAUCCUCCAGGCUGUCCUCGCCGCCGGAGUGAAGCACAUCAUCACACCAGACUUCAGCGGGAACACAUUCCACUCCAACGCCAAGGAUGUUCUCAUUUUCAACCCCAAGCUGGAAGCACAGCGGGAACUAGAGAGGGUGGUUGCCGAGUCACAAGGGAGAUUAUCAUAG